AUGAAAGAAGGCGAAGCUGGUGAAGAAACGAAGAAUGAAAAAGAUGACACCGAUAAAAGCGAAACAUCUGAUGAAAACUCAAGAGGAGACCUAAAAAUAAGCGAUGGAAACAGUGAUGACGAGAGAAAGAAGUCUGGUUCAGAAGAUACAGGAACUGAUGAUGAUGAUAAUGAUGAUGAUGAUGCUGCUGCUGCUGUACAUGAUAACGAUGUUGGCAGCGAAGGUGGUGAUGAUGGCAGUGUUGAGCGGGAAGUAAAAGAUUCUGAAAAAAGUGGCAGCAGUGAUUCUGAUGAUUAA